AUGGACAAGGCGGAGCCAAAAGUCCAACGUAUCUUCUGCGUUAUCGUUGGUGCAGGUCUCACCGGUGUGUCGCUCGGUUAUCAGAUUCUGCGCACACACACUUUGAGGCAUGAAGAAUUCCGCAUUUUUGACCGAAAUCAGGACUUUGGUGGCGUAUGGGAGAGCAACAGGUAUCCUGGAGCAGCAUGUGAUAUUCCCAGCCAUGCUUACCAAAUGCGACUGUACCUGAAUGCAAACUGGACCAAGAAACUUGCGGACGGCAAAGAGAUUCAACAGUAUUACGCCAACAUGGCCGACUGUCAGGGUCUACGGCAAUGCACUAUCUUCGGCGUUGAAGUACACUAUGCCAAGUGGUGUGAGAGCCUCUCGCUGUGGGAAAUUCUCAUCGAGGAGAGGAAGACUGGUAAGCGCACGAAAUGGCUUGCCAAUGUCCUAUUCGACAACGGCGGGGGCUUUCACAGGCCCAAAUAUGCCAACAUCCCGGGCCGAGAUUCGUUCAAAGGAGUGCAAGUGCAUACUGCCAAGUGGCCAGACGACAUUGACCUUCGAGGAAAGCGGGUAGCUCUAGUCGGCACAGGGCCGAGCGCGGCUCAAGUUGGGCCCCAAAUCCAGCCCAUUGUCAAGCAACUCCAUGUUUUCCAGAGGAGUUCUGGCCACGUCUUGCCGCGCAACAACCACGUUAUUCCUUCGUGGAGGAGAAAAGUAUUCGAAUGGUGUUAUCCGCUCUUGUGGGUUUAUCAUGUGUGGUACUGUUGGUUCUUUAACACAACCAAGCCGAUGUGGAUGGAAGGCACAAAAGAAAACCAGACGAUGCACGAGGCCGGGAUUGCAUUUCUUGAGCAAGAGGUCAAGGACCCCGUUGUCCGUGAAAAACUCAGACCGCGUGCGGCGUUCGGCUGCAAGCGUGUCCUUUUCCUGGACGACUGGUAUUCAAUGUUCAACCAUGCCAAUGUCGAGCUCAUUACUGACAAGCCCGUAAAAUUGACUGAGAAUGCUAUUGUCACCAAACCGACACACUUGACCACCCAAACUGAGAGGGACAAGGAUCCUGAUGGGGCCUACCUGCAGAAGUUAGAAGAGCUGGAUAACUCCGAGACAACCAGAGAGAUCGACGUGCUCAUCUGGGGUACCGGUUUUGACAUGAACGAUUCGGGCGGCCAUUUCCAAAUCUAUGGCAUCAACGGCGUCAACCUAUCCAAGCAUUGGGGGGACUACCCGCAAACUUACUGGGGCGUCGCUGUGACAGGCUUCCCCAACCUCUUCCUCACGCUCGGUCCCAACUCGGUCAACUACUGGUCGAAUGUGACCACGGUGGCGGAGAUCCAGAUCAACUGGCACUGUAAGAUGCUGGCUCACAUCAAGCACCAGGGCGCGCUGGGACCGUACGCCCUGCACCCACGCCCGGACAUCCAAGACGACUUCAACAACUGGCUGAAGAAUAAUCGUGGCAACCCAACUUUUCUGACGGCGGGGUGUGCCACAUACCAUGUCACACCUUCAGGAGCUACCCCUAUGUACAAUCACUUCCGAGUGUUCACAACGUGGUGGAAGAUGCGGAAGCCCGCCUAUCAUGAAUUCGUUGAGUCAUCGACAUCGAGCAAGGUCUUGGCCUACGGAAAAGUGAUAUGA